GCGUUAGCAACGCCACCAGACCAGACCCGCGCGUGACCGCGCCGCCCGCUCUUUCUCCUCCUGCCCGGCUUCUUGGCGCUCUGUAUGAUCCAUCGCCGCCGCUCUACUCCGGCACCACCUCCGCGGCCGCCUCCUUUUCCCUCCGGCUCAGCUCCUCUUGCCCCCGGCGGUGGCGCCCCCAGCACCCAGGCUGUAUGAUCAGGCUACAGUCUUCAAUGAGUAACCAUAUUCCUCAGUUCUGUGGUGUUCUUGGUCACACAUUUAUGGAGUUUCUGAAGGGCAGUGGGGACUACUGCCAGGCACAGCACGGCCUCUAUGCAGACAAGUGAACUGUAGAAGUCCAUUACUACUCCACCAAGAAGCCCCCUUAAGAGCGGUUACCGAGAUAAGAAGUGUUGAAUUGAAAUUG